ACUCUCGGAGCCGUUAAGUUGGUUCGCAGUCCCCCGUGCGCGCGCACCCGGGUGGUGGCGGCGUGCGCAUGCGUGGGUCCUGGGCGAGCGGACCGCGCGCCCGUGUUGCGCGCUCGCGGCGGAGUGGUAGUGGCGGCGGCGAGGGUGGCGGCGCACGCGCAGUUGGCGCCUCGGCUUGUCCGGGUCUCGCGGGCAUCUUGUUUUGGUCUCGCGGGCGAGUGGGGCGCGCUUGGUGUGUCGCGGGAGGGAGGUGGAGGCGCUUGGGCGCGAGGCAGAGCUGCGCGCGCACUCGGGGAAGGGGCGGGAGGGAGGCGGGCUUCGGAAGGGUUUGCAGGGGGCUUCCCCGUGAUCUCGUCUCAGUCCCCUCGCCUGGGAAGGGGGAAUUAAACAGGGGGAGGAGAUGAUCGAGAUGGCGGCGGAGAAGGAGCCCUUUCUGGUGCCGGCCCCGCCGCCGCCGCUCAAAGAGGAGUCGGGCGGAGGGGGCGGCCCCGAGGUGCGAUCGCACCGAGAGGCUGCCUCCGGGGAGCCCCGCGACGGGACGGAACGCGGUCCGGGCCCACGCGCGCACUCGGCCGGGGCCGCAGCCAGCGGAGGGGGCGGCCCCCAGGCACAGGCACAUGGGGAGCCCCACGGGCGAGCUACCGCUCCUGCGGACGUGGAGGAGGAGCGACGGGGAGGGGGCGGGACGGACCUGGGUCCCCCGGCCCCUCCUCGACCUCGCAAUGGCUACCAGCCCCACCGACCCCCCGGGGGUGGCGGGGGCAAGAGAAGAAAUAGCUGUAACGUGGGGGGAGGGAGCGGUGGAGGCUUCAAACAUCCGGCCUUCAAGAGGCGCCGGCGGGUGAAUUCGGACUGCGACUCGGUGUUACCCUCCAAUUUUCUUCUGGGGGGCAAUAUAUUUGAUCCACUGAACCUGAAUAGCCUCCUGGAUGAGGAAGUAAGUAGAGCGCUCAAUGCGGAGACCCCAAAGUCAUCCCCACUUCCGGCCAAGGGACGAGACCCUGUGGAGAUCCUCAUCCCCAAAGAUAUCACUGACCCGCUCAGUCUCAACACUUGCACUGAUGAGGCCCAUGUAGUUCUGGCCUCGCCACUCAAGAUCGGUCGCAAGCGCCAUAGACACCGGGGACCGCACCACCAGCAGCAGCAGGCGUCUGGAGGGAACGAUAGCCACGCCGUGCUGCCUGCUGACCCUCUCACCCCCUCACUCCAAGGGGAGGGUGCCACGCAGCAGCAGCACCGAGGCCAGAACCGCGAUGCCCCUCAACCCUAUGAACUCAACACAGCCAUCAACUGCAGGGACGAAGUUGUGUCUCCCCUUCCAUCUGCCCUGCAGGGCUCCUCAGGCUCCCUUUCUGCCCCUCCAGCUGCCUCAGUUACCUCUGCACCCUCAUCUUCCUCCUCCCGACACCGCAAACGCCGCAGGACUUCCAGCAAGUCGGAGGCAGGGGCUAGGGGUGGAAGCCAGGGUUCCAAGGAAAAGGGCAGAGGGAGUGGGGGAGGCCGCCAUCACCACCCACCACCUGCAACUGGCUUCAAAAAGCAACAGCAAAAGUUCCAGUAUGGGAAUUACAGCAAAUACUAUGGCUAUCGCAAUCCUUCCUGUGAGGACGUGCGCCUUAGGGUGUUGAAGCCAGAGUGGUUUCAAGGCCGGGACGUCCUAGAUUUGGGCUGCAAUGUUGGCCAUCUGACCCUAAGUAUUGCCUGCAAGUGGGGCCCAGCCCGCAUGGUUGGGCUGGACAUUGAUCCACGGCUUAUCCACUCUGCCCGCCAAAAUAUCCGACACUACCUGUCCGAGGAGCUUCGUCUCCAAGCCCAGACUUCUGAGGGUGACCCAGGGACAGAAGGGAAGGAAGGGACUGCCACCGUCCGAAAAAGGAGCUGCUUCCCAGCCUCACUGACAGCCAGCCGGGGUCCCAUCGCUGCACCCCAAGUGCCCUUGGAUGGAGCAGACACAUCUGUCUUCCCCAACAAUGUUGUCUUCGUCACGGGUAACUAUGUCCUGGACCGAGAUGAGCUGGUGGACGCCCAAAGACCUGAGUAUGAUGUGGUGCUCUGCCUCAGCCUCACCAAGUGGGUGCACCUGAACUGGGGGGACGAGGGGCUAAAGCGCAUGUUCCGCCGGAUCUACCGGCAUCUGCGCCCUGGGGGCAUUCUGGUCCUGGAGCCCCAACCAUGGUCGUCCUACUGCAGGAGAAAGUCUCUCACGGAAACAAUCUAUAAGAACUACUUUCGAAUCCAGCUGAAGCCAGAACAGUUCAGUUCCUACCUGACGUCCCCAGAGGUGGGCUUCUCAAGCUAUGAGCUUGUGGCCACACCAAGUAACACCUCCAGAGGCUUCCAGCGUCCUGUGUACUUGUUCCACAAGGCCCGGUCCCCCAGCCACUAAGUGGCCUUCCGAACAGAAGGUGUGAGGAGGCUGCCCUUGCUGCUCCUGAAGACCUGGGGGAAGUGGAAAUUAUCCCAAGGUCUUUCCUGUCUAACUCCAAAAAGUUUCUUUUUUUGGAUCUGUAAAGAGAGCUUUUCUUAAGUUGCUUCCCCAAGUCUUCUCCCUGACACCUCUGGCACUUGAGUAAGCCCAGCUGUGCUGGAAUUACAUCAGCUUCCUCUCCCAGCCUGCUGGGCUGGAUGGCAUGGACUGUUUGCUGACUCUGUCCCUCCUAGGGCAUGGGAAGGGGGAAUGUCAAAUUAUCUAGCCCUUCCUCCUGUUCUCCAAAGGAGAUUCCUGCUUCUCAGCCUUUGUUCCUAGCUGCACUUAAGUGGACCAUGGAUGGACUAAGGGUGUUAGAGGGGAAGUUUGGUAAGGAGACACACAGGUACUGUGAAAUCCUUCCUUCUGCUGUCCCCCGGUGGGAGAGGGAGCUGGGUUUGGAAUGUGAGAACAGCACAAUAAACUUGAUAGCUAGGGCAGUGGCCCCUGCACCUGUGUCUGGUGCUUUCUGAUGGGAUGGUACCUCUUAGUAGGAAUCUCGUGGGGUGAAUUUUGCUGGUUGUGGUACAGGCAGGCUGCUCUUGAGGUUUGAGGCCAGCCUGAGUGGGCUACAUAAUGGAGCGAUAUCCUAUAGGGGUGGAAGACUGUUAGUCCCUGUUGUAGUUAGGGUUGAUACUGCUGUGGUAAACACUAUGGCCAAGGAAACUUGGGGAAGAGUUUAUUCAGUUUCUAUGUCCGCAUCUCAGUUCAUCGUUAAGGGAAGGGCAGGGACCUGGAGGCAGCUGAUAUAGAAGCAAUGGAAGGAUGCUGCUUACGGACUUGUUCCUCAAAACUUGCUUAGCCUUUCUUAUAGACCCCAGGACCACCAGCCCAGGGAUUGUUCCACCCACAAUGGGCCAGGCCUUAUUCCAUCAAUCACUAUGUCCUACAUACUUGCCUAGAGCCUGGUCUUACAGAGCCAUUUUCUCAGUUGAGCCUCCCUCCUAAUAACACCAGCUUGUGUCAAGCUGACAUAAAACUAGCCAGUACCCUUACUGCUGAAGAAAGGGGGAGGGAUAGAGCAAAUUUUGGUGUGUAGCUUAUCGAGUCCAACUUAGUUUCCUUCUAAAGAAACCGCAGACAAGUGUAUGUGUACAGGAGUGUGAUGCAGAAGGCUGAGGGCUUGGCAGCAGGGGUAAAAUAGAGCUCGAGAUGGGUACUAGUCCAGAGGCACAAACCUGCUUCAGGACCGCUGGUGGAAUGAGAUGUUUGAGUGGUUUGCAAAGUGAAGGUCUCCACUGCUUUGUCAAGGGUUCCUGUAACUUCAGACAUUGAACACUCAGGACUGUUCUGUUGGACAACAUGGGUAAUACACAAAUGGAGCCUAGACAGUCUCCUGUGGAGCAAUUAUUUAAUGAUAACACCCUCAUUUGGGUAAAUAUUUUUGUUUAGAAGUAUUUGAAUAACCAGAUGUGGUGGUGCAGGCCUUUAAUCCUCUGCCUGGGAAACAGAGGCAGGCAAAUCUGAGUUCAAGGCUAGCCUGGUCUAAACGAGUUCCAAGACAACCAGCGCUAAAGAGACAUAGAUUUAAAAUUGUUCUUAUAGUCGGGCAAUGAUGACUGACACCUUUAAUCCCAGCACUCGGGGGGCAGAGGCAGGCAGAUCUCUUGAGUUCAAGUCCAGCCUGGUCUACAAGAGCUAGUUCUGGGACAGGCUCCAAAGCUACACAGAGAAACCCUGUCUUGAAAAAUCAAAAUAGCCGGGCUGUGGUGGCACACGUUUAAUCCCAGCACACAGGAGGCAGGGGCAGGUGGAUCUCUGAGUUUGAGGCUAGCCUGGUCUAUAAGAGCUAGUUCCAGGACAGGCUCCAAAGCUUCAGAG